CAUAAUUGUUGUUUACAUAAAGUUUGUGUUUGUAUGAAUCGAGAUUGAAUGACUUUUAUCGUUUAAGCAUAGUGCUGCAAAGGAAUAUCAAUUGCUGCAGCACUUGAAGUUGUCUGCGAUCAAUGCCAUCCGAAGCCAGAUGACGCCUGUAACGGUACUUGCAGCAUCUUCACUUGAAUUCGACUAUUUGUAUAUUUCGCGUGAAGUUUACCCAGUCUCUCCUUAUGUAUUGUCCGUGUGAUUCUAUAUGUAGUUUGUUAGAUGCAAAAUGAACGCGAACGAACUAACACGUGAAUCGAACUCGAUGGACUUGCGGACUUGUGGAAAGGCGAUCCACCAAGUCAAAGCCAAUGUCCGCGUGCGCAAGAAGUUUAGCGACGACGAAGAAGAUUCGCCGACAUCUGAUGAUGAAGAGGAAAUGCAGAAGAAAAAAUUUAUUGCUGUUAUGCGUACUCUGCCACACUAUGAGCCUAGCCAGACCUUGUUACAGGCUUUGGACGUAGAAUUUACCAACGAAAGCUUGGCAAAACAUGACACUACUUUCGGUACAUACCUGCAGACGCAGCUCCUGGACUCAGAGAAUGUCUGCUCAGUGCUGAGCAUACUGCUCAGCAUAGAGGAUGUGUCGACAAUGCAACUGUACGCCCAGCUUAUGCAGCCUAAUGUUCUGCUAAAGAAAGUUCAAAAACAUUGCUUUAGCUUUGUGCUGGGCAAGACGCAAAUCAAUCCAGAGGAAGUUCUUGCGCCCUAUUUGGACGAGGCUGUGCUUAUACCGAAGGCUAGCUUAGAUGCAGCACCUCUGCCUAAACAGCCCAUCCUAGCGCUGCUACCGCACACACACGAGACUCUGCCAAGAAAGGAUCCAAGGCGCCGUUACGUUGCAAGCUUAGAGCAGGUGACGCGCACCAGCAUCCAUCUGAAAUUCAAACGGGGCGGCUUUCCAGCCGGAGAAUCUGCGCUUGCACAGCGGUACCAUGUGAUCUUGCGCUCGCGCCGUACGCCCUUUCGCUUCAUGUAUCGUGCGAUGCAGCUGCUUCAGGAGAAUCCACAGCUGCGUCGCUAUUUGUUUCCCAUCCAGGGGCUGCAAACAGUGACACCCAAAGUGAUUAAAUUACCAAAUGUGACGCUAUUUAACCAGAGCAUUGCGUCUAACAUGGAGCAACUGCAGGCAGUUCAACAUAUCGUUAAUGGCCCCAGCAGCCUAGCGCCCUACAUAGUGUUCGGACCACCUGGCACAGGCAAGACCACAACUAUUGUCGAGGCCAUUCUACAGUUGCGACUUCGACAGCCGAGAAGUCGCAUUCUUGUAACUGCCGGUUCGAACUCGGCAUGCGACACGAUUGCCUUGAGAAUAUGCGAGUAUUUUGCUAGCAAUGAACGUUUGCAGGCGGUUUUGGUAGAGCGGGCCAAAGAGUCACGUUUGGUUACGGAGGACGUGGAGCUAGAUCAUCAGCUAAUGCGUCUCUUCUCUCGAUCUGUGUAUGCCAAAGGAUUAAAUUCGGUGGACCCUCUGCUCCUAAAACAUUCUAAUUGUAGAAAACGUGUGUAUGAGCAUUCUAAUGUGAACAGAUUACGCAAGCAUGGCAUAAUAGUGGCCACACUGUGCACAGUGGGCCGUCUAGUGACCUUAAAUUUGGGCAAAUUUAACUUUUUCACACACAUUUUCAUUGAUGAAGCGGGCGCCUCCACGGAACCCGAGUCGCUUAUUGGUAUAAUGGGAAUUAAGCAUCAGGACGCUUGCCAUGUGAUACUCUCGGGCGAUCACAAACAGCUCGGCGCAGUCAUUAAGAACAAUCGCGCAGCGCUUUUGGGCCUAAGACACUCGCUAAUGGAGCGUCUGCUGCGCUGCGAACUAUACGCCGUGGACGCCAAUGGGAAUUAUGAUCACACAUUGCAGACGCGACUGCGUCGUAACUAUAGAUCCCAUCCGGAAAUCGUUGGGCUGUAUAACAAACUGUAUUAUAAUGAUGAACUCAUACCACAGGCGCCGCCGGAACAGGUCAAUCUAGCAGCCAACUGGCGUAUGCUGCCCAAUACCGAGUUUCCGAUUAUAUUUCAAGCCACGCAUGGCGUGACAACGCGCGAUGACCACUCCACCAGCUCAUAUAAUAUGCUAGAGGCACAGGUGCUUUGCUGGUAUGUGAAGCAUUUGCUCUCUAACGGCCUUGGCGGUGGUAUUCGCGUGCAGCAGAAGGACAUUGGCGUCGUGGCACCGUACGCGGCGCAGUGUAAUUUUAUCAAUCAGCUGCUGCGCCGUCAGGGUCACUACAAUGUGGAGGUGGGCAGUGUGGAGAACUAUCAGGGUCGGGAGAAAAAUGUGAUAAUUGCCACGCUUGUGCGCUCCUUUGCAAGCAUAGGCUUCAUGCGUAAUCCGCGUCGAUUGAAUGUGCUUAUUUCGCGUGCCAAGUCCUUGAUGAUACUCAUUGGCAAUCCGGUGACGCUACGCUAUCAUCCCGACAUGAGGUACAUCAUCAACCAGUGCAAGUUGCAUGGCAACUAUUUGUUUAAGAAAAAGGACGGACUGCAGCGCCCAGAGUUCCUAAAUGAUUUUGUUGAAGAAGAGGUCGAGGGUAAUGAAGAUGAGUUGGAUAACGAAAUGAAGGUUUGGUAUGCCAAGAUGCCGCAAGACAUUCCCGUAGCAUUCUCCAAGUGCCCACAGCAGGCCGCAGUUAUAACGGUGUUUUCUACAGAUGACAGCAGUAGCGGCAGCAACUCGGAAACCACGGAAUCGCUUUCCGAUAGCAGCAGCUCGUGUGAUUCUUCUAGCUCCGCCAACUGUCAAUGCACACCACCACCGAAUGAAGCGCUGGACUCGCACAUGGCUAAGCUAUCCCUAGGCAGCCCCGAAAAGAUUGUCAUUCGCACCAAUUUCUUAAAGGCGUGCGCCGCCUGCGCAUUAGAAACUACCAAGCAAAAACUGCUGCAGCUGCAAAACCGCUUCAGAGGGGCCUGUAAGGUGUCUUAAUUUCCAAUUCAAGUUUAUUCCCAUUUCCUAAUAAGCUUAAUCUUCAGUUUGCAAGUUUCAAGAGUUGUUUCCUUCGUGUUCAUCAUAACAUUUGAAUAUUUGUUGUCAAUUUGCUUUUGUUUUAUAUUCAUUUCAUAUUUUUUCCAGUAUGUA